AUGGAAAAUGACAAGGAAAACUACAACUCCAAUUUUUGUACUCAAUGUGGAGUUGAACUUGCUAUUGAUCCUCGAAUUCGAAGAUAUCAAAUGGGAUACAUUAAACUAGCAUGUCCAGUUGUUCAUAUUUGGCCCACAGCUAAAAAGCCAACUUUAUUGCGAUUUCAGGCUUUACGUCCAUCUAAGUAUGAAUCCUGGGCAGAAAAGAUUGCUUAUUAUCUCUCUUGGGAUUUUGGGCUAGUUCAAGAGCGAGAAAUUGCCACUGGAGUUGAUUUCAAGUACUCCGUAAUAAUAGGUAUUGAAGAAUCAAUACAUGAAAUUUUGAUGAAUCUGAAAGAAAUUGUACUUCGAAGUGAUGCGUAUGGAAUUCGAGAAGGAUCUAUCCAUGUUGUCGGACCAAAAAAAGUAACCGCUCAAGAUAUCAUGUUACCACCUUUUAUGAGAAUAAUCGAUACUACACAACAUAUAGCUAACAUAAACAAAUCAAUUACCUUAGAUAUAUCAUUACAAAUUGAAAAAGGUCGCAGAUAUAUUAUUCAAAAUCCAAAUAAUUACAAUCCUAAGGAUGAAAUUUUUGCUAUAGAUGCUGCCUUUGUCUUUCCUAUAGAUGCUGCCUUUGCCCCUGUUCAAAAUGUAAAUUACAGUAUUCACUCCUAUUGGAGCGAAAAUGAGACACAAGAAAUUCUAUUUCUUGAAAUAUGGACGAAUGGAGGAUUAGCUCCUAAAGAAGCACUUUACGAAGCUUCUCAGAAUUUGAUUGACUUUUUCCUUCCCUUUCUAAAUGCAAAGGAAGAGAACAACGAUGGAACAAACAGUCUAAGCGAUGAUAUUACUCCUUCCUUGCCUAUUUUGCAUAUAUCGACUGAUACGAAGAGAAUAGCUUUUGAUCAAAUGUAUAUUGACCAAUUAAACUUCUCUACUAGGGUAUAUAAUUGCCUCAAAAAGGCAAAUAUAAAUACAGUAUCAGACCUUUUGAAUUACAGUCGAGAAGAUUUAAUGAAAAUAAAACAUCUUGGGGAACAAUCUGUCAAAGAAAUCUUGGAAUUUAUACGAAAUAUUCAAAUUGAUUCACCGGGGAAUCCGGUUUAGAUUUCUAAGAGUUCUAUUCAAUCUCCCCAUUCAUUCCCUUCUUCUAAGUUCUUCUGGAAUAAAUCUUUGA